AUUGGAGAUAGUCUAAUGGCGCUACCACAGACGCUAUAAUGGCACAGAUAAAAAAAAUAUUUGUCCUCUAUCUAGCUCUAUGCUGAUAACUCAUCUAAUAUGCUAGCUACUUCGCUGAAAUAAAAGGUACCUGAAAACUGCAAGCGAACCACCACUGGAGCCAUUUGAGGAGAAAGUAAUAAAGGCACGGACACUCAGGUCAUGAGAUGGGAUGUGUGUACUGCUGGAGGAAUAAGGAGCUGAAAGAGGAGCAAAGUAUCCGUUGAAAACACUCAGACGUUUUGCAGAACUGGGAAGAAGUGUUCUCCUGUUGCCAGUAUGUCGGCUGUUCCUGCGGCCGUCCCGACGCUUGUUAAUCCUCCGCCACCAGAGUUCUUCAACCCCAACAAGCCUGGCAGGAAAACUAACCAACUACAGUACAUGCAGAAUGUUGUGGUGAAGACUCUAUGGAAACAUCAGUUUGCGUGGCCCUUUUAUACGCCUGUGGAUACCAUCAAAUUAUGUCUUGCUGACUAUCAUAAAGUUAUCAAGAGCCCAAUGGACAUGGGAACAAUAAAGAAGAGGCUAGAGAAUAACUACUAUUGGAGCGCCAGCGAGUGCAUGCAGGACUUCAACACAAUGUUUACCAACUGUUACAUCUACAACAAGCCUACAGAUGACAUUGUGCUGAUGGCCCAAGCUCUGGAGAAAAUCUUCUUACAGAAAGUGGCUCAAAUGCCUCAGGAGGAGGUGGAGCUGCUACCACCGGCCCCCAAAGUUAAAGCUGCCCACAAACCAGGAGGGCCUAUUAGUGCAGGCAGCCAAGCAGAGGCUGAGCCAACAGAUUCACCCCCAUCCACUUAUCCCAGCUCCCCUCCACCUGUGUGUCAGACUCCUGUCAUAGCAGCCACGCCAGUGCCAACCAUCAUCUCUGUUAUCCCUGUCCAAGCUGUGUCUCCCGCUGCCUCCAUAAUGGCUGUGGUUCCCACAGCACAGCCAGUCAUCAAAAAAAAGGGGGUGAAGCGGAAAGCAGACACAACAACUCCCACAACCUCAGCAAUCUCGGCCAGUAGAAGUGACUCCCCUACCCAGCUCCUGGAAUCCCAACAGGGGAAAGUCUCAUCCAGGCGGGAGAGCACGGUGCGACCCGUCAAGCCCCCCAAGAAGGGCACCGAGGACGGAGAGGUGCCACUGCUCGGUGGCAAGAAAGGCAAGCUCGGCGAGCAGCUCAAGCACUGCGACUUCAUCCUGAAGGAGAUGCUCUCCAAGAAGCACGCAGCCUACGCUUGGCCUUUCUAUAAGCCUGUAGAUGCGGAGGCGCUAGAACUGCAUGACUACCAUGAGAUCAUCAAGCACCCCAUGGACCUCAGCACUGUCAAAAAAAAAAUUGACAGUCAAGAUUACCAAGAUGCCCAAAGCUUUGCGACGGACGUCCGGUUAAUGUUCUCAAAUUGCUACAAGUACAACCCCCCCGACCACGAGGUUGUAGCCAUGGCCAGGAAGCUACAGGACGUGUUUGAGAUGCGAUUUGCCAAGAUGCCGGACGAGCCCAUUGACGCCACCCAGCCCUCCACCAUGCCGGUGGUAAGCAAGAGUACAGAGAGCAGUGAGAGCAGCGGCAACACCUCCAGCUCGGAGAGCUCGGACUCAGAGGAGGAGCGGGCCACGCGGCUCGCCGAACUACAGGAACAGGUGGGUUCGGAACAGCAAAUCACUGUGGAGCACCCCAAUGGUAACAGGGCGGGGGAAAAAAACGGGUGUGCCAAACGUUUUCAGCUGAAGGCCGUUCACGAACAGCUGGCUGUUCUGUCACAGGCCCCAGUAAGUAAACCAAAGAAAAGGGAGAAAAGGGAAAAAGAUAAGAAGAAAGAGAAGGACAAGGGGAAGGCUGAUGACAAGAAGAAACCCAAGUCGGCACCCCAAGCCAAGCCAGCUAAUCAGAAGAAGGCUCCAGUCCGGAAACCAAACAGCAUGGUGGUGACUACCAGGCAACCGAAGAAAGGGUCCAAGGGGGUGGUGGCGAACAAUGAGUCAGAAGAGGAGCCGUCCCUUCCCAUGUCGUACGACGAGAAGCGCCAGCUCAGCCUUGACAUCAACCGUCUUCCGGGUGAGAAGUUGGGCAGGGUGGUCCACAUCAUCCAGUCCCGGGAGCCAUCGUUGCGUGACUCCAAUCCAGACGAGAUAGAGAUAGACUUUGAGACACUCAAACCCUCAACCCUUCGUGAGCUCGAACGAUACGUCAAGUCCUGUUUGCAGAAAAAGCAGCGGAAACUUUUACAGAAGGCAGGCUCGGCGCCAGCAGGGGGCGCCUCUCGGCUGAGCGGCAGCAGCAGCUCCUCUGACUCUGGCAGCAGCAGCUCCAGUGGCUCCAGCUCAGAAAGCAGUGACUCCGAUUGAUCAGAGAAAGACCCCCAUACCCUGAGUCCCCCUCUCACCUUAGGUAAUUUACCCUCCUUUUUAGCUAGUAGAGUACUCUCUUUUUUUCUUCCCCUGGAUUACUUUUAUAAGAUAAUGAAGACUUUCGAUGACUGAAGAUAUUGAUCAUGUUUUGUAUUUAGAAAUGCCUUUAGAGACAAAGUAGGAAACAUGUAAGAAGAUAUAGCUGACUGAACAUAGUCAGGGUUUGUUUUUGCUGGCCCUCAAAGGGAAAUGCCUGGUAUCACCAGAACCACAUGUUAGUUAUUUUAAUUGAAGAGAAAAAAGAUUUCUGCUUUACAUGGGUGCUCGUAGCUGAAUCAACUUUGAAAGACUGUUAUACCAGUAGGAAAUCUUUAAAAACAGUAAGAUUGAUUUUGGUUUGGACAACAUUGUCUCAAGGGACAAAUACAGUCUUUCUCUUCCUGGGAUGGCUGUUGCCUGUAGUUUGACCUUUGCCACCUCACAACAUUCCAUUACAUUUUCUUUUACUUUAUGUAUACAGCUAUAUUGAAGAAAUUAAGAUAAUUGUUAUUUUUAUGAUCAUAAAUCUCAUUUCCAUUGACAGUGUAAAACAAAUGGUUACUAGUCAUCUAUCGCAAAGAAUUUAUUUUUGUUAUCAAUCUUCCAUGCUCCAAUCAGUAUUUAAAUCUGUUAUGUCUCAAGGGUCUGUUGAAAUAUAGUUGUGGGUUAACACUAGACUGCAGUUGAAUAGAACAUUGACUUAAUCAUGGCCCUAUCUGUAUUUCCUGAGGAUAUUUUAUAUACACAUUUGUGGCAAAGUAAAGUUGCUAUUCGAACACCUUUUGCUGAUUGUCUAAUUAUCAUUUUUUGUGUCUUAUUUUCUUAGCAGUGUUUUGCUUUGAUAUUUAGCAUCAAGAAUGUGGAGCAUAUACAAGUUAACUUGUUUGGUUUGAUACUUCCCAAAGUAAUGUAUUACUAGAUGUACUCAUACCUUUAACAUCUACUUCUUAUAAAGAGUUCACCUGAUGAUUUUGUCAGGUGAUUUCUUUUAUCAAGCAGUUAAGACUGAGUUUGGAGUUCUAUGUUUUUCUCAAUUUUAUUCGAUAGUUCUUGACACUUCUACUGUCACUGUCCUUUACAUGUAUCUCUAUGCAGCCAGUGUUUAAUGUUAAAUGCUCCCCUCCUAAGAUGUUUUAACACACAUCACAUACUCUUGUGAUUUGUUUCCUGGCCUGUUUGUAUAUUUGGCAUGUGCCAUAUCUGACAACUUUCAUCAUUGAAUGAAAUAACUAUUUCCUU